AUGGUGUCCUGCUCUGUCCGCCUCACUGAAGAUGUUGGCGAAAUGUCUGGGAAUGUACCAAAUUCACGGUUCGACUCUGGAAAUGAUUAUGCAUACUAUCGACUCCGGACAAGGUACGUUUCCCUAGGUCUUACUGUCAAUAUGAUCAGGUCGCGAAAACGGCCAAACUGCUUCAAUACAACGAAAGGAGACCCUGACCGUACAAAAGGCUACACCAUCCUGGUCUUCAUACCUGGAUUAUAA